AUGGGUAUAACUCAACAACUUGAACAAUGUCAUUCACUUGGUAUGAAUGUUAAUUAUCCACAACAGAUGAGCAAUCAAGUAGGUGGUGUGCCAUCAUCAAAUAAUUUAUUUUAUCAAACAUCUUCUACAAAUCCAUUUCAAAAUACGAGAUGGCCUACGUCAGAUGCUAGUAAUGCAGCUGGCUGGACGAAUUAUCCAAUUGUACCUGUUACAGAAUAUUCUCGAACGAGCAAUAUUAAUCAUCAACCAUCGGAUCCGUCAUCAUCAUCAAAUGGAAUGGUUGAUGAUAAUUCUUUAGACACAUAUUAA